AUGACCGACGUUAAAGAUAAAAAGCAGGAGAUCUUCCCUACUGGCGAUUCAGCUUUGACAUUAUGUCUUGGCACCGAUCCACCAGCUUCCACUCCGAAAGAUGCUCAGACGAUCUCCGCAAGUAAUCAAGAGAAGAGCACUACGCCAUGUCCGAGCAUCGCUGCCCAAUCACGAUCUCCAGCUGACAACGCAAAUGCAGAGAUAGAUCAUGUGGCAGUAAAGAUGUCCGACAAAAGGAGGUGGAUAUUAUUAGCCCUUUUUAGCUUUUCCCUCAUUGUCGAUCAGUGGGCAUACUUUGGCUUCUUCCUAUUCGUCCCUCAGAUAUCAUCCGAGUUCAACAUCCCUACCUUCCAGCAAUCAUGGAUUAUCACUUCCUAUCUAAUCACAUUCGGCGCUACCAUCCUCUUAUUCGGUCGUACUUCCGACCUAUACCCUCCAUCAAUAGUAUUCACCUACGGAUUCCUCGUUUUGGGCGUCAUCAACUUGAUCAUCUCAUUUUUACCUGAACUAUACUCAUAUUUCGUUUUUAGGGCUUUAUCAGGUAUAGCAGGAGCUUCCCUCAUCCCUUCGGCAUUCAAGUUGAUCUCUGGUAUUUUUCCUAAAGACAAACUCGGUAAAGCCCUUACGAUCUAUUCUGCCGCUGCACCUGUAGGAGGUGGAACUGGAAUCAUCGUUGCCGGAGUGGUUGAUCUGAUACCAUAUCAAAGUGGGCAGAUGGCUUCUUGGAGGUGGUUCAGUAGGAUACUAGCGGUAUUGAUCUUUAUCCCUGCGGUUGGAUCGAUCUGGUGGUUACCUAAGGAAAUUGGAUACGAUGAAGAACAACAUAUUAAGGAAAGCGGCAGAGAGAAAUUCAAAAGAUUGGAUUUAGGCGGUUCAUUCCUCAUCCUCGCUGCUAUCCUCCUACUGAUCCUAUCCCUAACAAUGGGAGGCGAUCACGGUUUCGGCACAGCCUACUUUAUCGCACCAUUUAUCAUUUCCCUAUUCCUCUUUCCAGCCUUUCUAUGGUACGAAUCCAAACUUCCUGAAGGAUACCCUCUACUUCCACCUAGAACAUUCAAAAUAACCAACGUCUCCGUGUUCCUGUUCCUAGGGUUGAUCUUGUUCUCAUGGUGGGCAGUACUCAAUUUCGCUUUGGUCAAUAUAUACUUAACAGAAAGGAAUCAAAGUGGAAUUUUAGUAGCGGUUAGGGUACUACCUCAACCUAUUGCUGCAACCACCGCCACAGUCCUCUUAUCAAGAUGGUCAUGGUUUACUCAUCAUCCUCGAUAUGCUAUAACCACCGGUAUGGUCCUGGCUAUAGGUGGAUAUGGACUGUUAAGUCAGUCGGGAGAUCAAGUUGGUACGGAUUAUUGGAAAUUCGUUUUCCCACCUUUGAUUUUUGGUUCGGGAGGUGCUAUGAUGGUUUAUUCAGCUACAAAUGUCGGCGUUAUCACUGCUGUACCACCUUCAAUAGCAGGUAUAGCCGGUGGUCUCCUUCAAGUCUCCUUUCAAGCUGGUUCGGCUCUCGCACUGGGUAUCCAAGCGGGCUUACUCACCGUCCAUCCGGGUUCUUUAGGCAACUUCAAGACUGUUCAGGCAUCUUUCUACUUCGAGAUGGGAUGGUUGGGUCUGGGGUUGAUAGUCUUUUUAGUUGGCUAUAGGAAUGUCAAGAAGUUAUCGGAGGACGUUGAAGUAGGUCAUUAG